AUGGAUGAUCGUUCGGCUAAAAUGGAAUACCCUUACACAGUGCCGAAUAACAAUGUCAUCAAUAGAAUAACAGAUGAGGAAGCUGCACGUAUGGGCAGCCGGAUGGCGGUAGGAACUAAAGGGAAUGGUAGAAUACACUUAAGGAAAGCAGCUGGAAGUGUAUGGAACGACCCGACGCUAGAUGAUUGGCCAGAGAAUGACUUUCGAAUUUUUUGUGGUGAUUUAGGCAAUGACGUGACGGAUGAUGUACUGGCCAAUGCAUUUAAAAAGUAUCCGACUUUCCAGAGGGCACGUGUUAUCAGGGACCGGAACUCAGGCAAAAGCAAGGGAUACGGUUUUGUUUCUAUGAUGAGUGCUGAAGACAUGUUAGCGGCGUUGAACGAAAUGAACAACAAAUUUGUAGGUAAUCGUCCUAUUCGUGUGAUGCGUAGCAAAUGGAGAGAUAGAGAUAUAGACUCAACCAAGAAUAGGCAGGCGGCAGCUGUGUAUCAGAUGGCCGCUGAAAAUUCAAAGACUUUGCGUAAGUUUAAGAAGCUAGGGAAAGCGGUAACCGGUGGCAAGAAGGCUAAUUUGGUUUACGAACCCAAAACGUUCAAAAGGAACAAGAUCUACCUCAGCACUGGUGUGGCUAACCGAUUCGACAACAGGUCACGUGUGUCCCACGACCACUUGCUCGAUAACAUAUGA